AUGUAUGGCACUCUCACUCAGCCUCUCCUUCAAACCAUUCUCAAACCUGAUGCUCCGGCAGCCGAAGUCUGGAAGUCUAUUGAAGCUCUUUUCCUUGAAAACAAAGAAUCCAAAGCCAUGGAACUUGAUGAUGAAAUUCGUUCCAUUACUAUUGGUGACUCAACGAUCGUUCAAUAUUGCACUCGUAUAAAGUCAAUUGCUGAUAUUCUUGCCAACAUCGAAGCCCUAGUUCCAGAACGUAAUCUUGUUAUCUAUGUCAUUAAUGGCCUCUCUCUAAAAGUUUGCUCAUGUGGUUACCACCAUUUGACAUCAGAAACCAUUCCCGACCUUUCUUGA